AGGCGGGCGAAAAUUAUCCUACUCGUUUGUAAGAACCCCAGCUAGGGUUAAUUUCUUCAUUUCUCAACCAGCCAACGAACGAGCGAAAUUGGUUAGGGAUUCGAAAUUUGGGUACAAAUACACGCAGUUUAACCUCAGAUUUUUCAAAUCUCUCUAUUUCCUCGUGGGAUUCGAACGAGAUUGCUGAAGAUUUAAAAGACACGAAACCAUGUACGGAUCCAGAGGGGCAAUGUUGGGAAGCGGGGGGGUUUCGGAUGGGUACGAGGUCGGCUCAAAGAGACAAAGAAUGAUGGAAUCAAAUCCCUACUUCGCAGUGAGCAGUGGUCCUAGUGGCUUUCAACCCUACAGCUAUGGUGGUGGAUUUCAGCCCCCUGCCUUUCCUGUGGUUCGUCUGAGGGGGCUUCCUUUCAACUGCACUGAUAUAGACAUCUUCAAGUUCUUUGCUGGGCUGGACAUCGUUGAUGUGGUGCUGGUCAAUAAGAAUGGACGGUUCACAGGAGAGGCUUUUGUCGUCUUUGCAGGGUCAAUGCAGGUUGAGUUUGCUUUACAGAGAGAUCGACAGAACAUGGGGCGUAGGUAUGUGGAAGUUUUUAGGUGCAAGAGGCAGGAUUAUUACAAUGCUGUUGCUGCAGAGGUGAGUUAUGAAGGAAUCUAUGACACUGAUUAUCAUGGAAGUCCUCCACCAUCUAAAGCAAAGAGGUUCAGUGAUAAGGAUCAAUUGGAAUACACUGAGAUUUUGAAGAUGCGAGGGCUCCCAUUCUCUGUGAAAAAACCUCAAAUAAUUGAAUUUUUUAAAGAAUUCAAGCUGAUUGAAGAGAGGAUACACAUUGCAUGCCGCCCAGAUGGGAAAGCAACUGGAGAAGCAUAUGUGGAGUUUGUUUCUGUUGAGGAAGCUAAAAGAGCUAUGAACAAAGAUAAGAUGACAAUUGGGUCAAGGUAUGUUGAGUUGUUUCCUUCAACACCAGAUGAAGCUAGAAGAGCCGAGUCAAGAUCAAGGCAGUGAAGAGUCAGAGGUGGCUGGAGAAUUUUGUGCUGACUGUUGUUCACUUCCAUCUUUACAUGAAUCAGUUGUGAUGCUAAAGCUUACCACUUUCUAGUGUUAUGCAUAAAAUAUUCAUAUACCUGUUUUUUGAAUGUUGUAUUUGAGUUUUAAUAUGGGGACAAGUGACGUUGUGAUUA